UCUUCAGUGCGUUUUGUAGCAUGAAGGGGGGCUGUGGAUCAUGAAGAGGCUGCCAUUCAGGUGAGGAGCAGGUCUACUUCAUGUUAGACCAGCUCUCCCUCCACUCUCACCCCGACUCUCUCACAUGGACACACUCAAUCUGGGACAAAGCAAGUGUUUAUGAUCUCUCAUACUUCUUCCUGGAGUGAGAGGGCUAUUCAGAGAGUCCAAAAGACACCAAAGAAGACACGCUUGAGCUGGACUGACAGUUGCGUUGAGGGUGAGCAGGGGGCUGCUUCCCAUAGCAGCAGAGGACAACCAAUGUGAUCAGACAUAUCACAGAUUACUCCACCAGGCUACUGAGAUUUGGGAUUAAACGGUAUCAUGGAUGUACUCGCUUUGGAGGCAAAGAAAGAGGGUUCAGCAGAACCUGAGAAGAAGUCUUCAACAAGGCCAAAACCGAAACCUCCCAAAAAAGCCAAAAGGAUUGUUUACUUUGAGGUGGAGAUCGUGGAUUUAAAGACUAAAGAGAAACUGCUGCUGCUGGACAAGGUGGAGCCCACUGCUACUAUUCUGGAUAUAAAAGCUUUGUUUCAAAAAUCAUAUCCAAAGUAUUAUCCAGCCAGACAAUCCCUGCGUUUGGAUCCAAAGGCCAAGUGUCUCAGGGAUGAGGAGGUUCUGCAGACACUUCCUGUGGGAACCACAGCCAGCUUUUACUUCACUGACCUAGGACCCCAGCUCACAUGGGCGACCGUCUUCCUGUCAGAGUGUGUCGGCCCGCUGGUCAUCUACUUAAUGUUCUACUUCCACCUUCCCUUCAUCUACUCUCCGAAAUAUGACUUCACCAGCAGCAAGCACUGGGUGGUACACUUGGCCUGCAUGUGUCACUCCUUCCACUACAUCAAGAGAAUCCUGGAGACAAUGUUUGUCCAUCGUAUCUCCCACGGGACCAUGCCUCUCAGAAACAUAUUCAAGAACUGUGGCUAUUACUGGUGCACUGCAGCGUGGAUGGCGUACUACAUUAACCACCCUCUCUACACCACACCCUAUUACGGGCAGCAGCAGGUGAAUACAGGACUUUACAUUUUCCUGUUCUGUCAGUUAGGAAAUUUUUCCAUCCAUGUUGCCCUUCGUAACCUCAAAUCACAAGGUUCAAAAACCAAGAAGAUUCCCUACCCAACGAAAAAUCCCUUCACAUGGAUGUUCUGGCUGGUCUCUUGUCCAAACUACACAUACGAGCUGGGCUCCUGGAUCGGCUUCACGGUGAUGACCCAGUGUGUGCCUGUGGCUUUCUUUACUGUUGUGGCCUUCAUCCAGAUGGCUGUGUGGGCCAAAGGCAAACACCGCAGCUACUUAAAGGAGUUCAGCAAUUACCCGACCCUGCGCUCCUCCAUUCUCCCCUUCAUCCUGUAGAGCCUGGCAGAAAAACGACAAACGCAACCCACAUCCACCUUAUCACUGAUGGGCGCCUUCUUCAAGGCCUCUCCAUCCACUUGAUGUCAGGAAGUGUGUGCUGAGGUCAACAGUGUGGAUGGAUUUUGGUCAUAUGGACUCUGUGUAACAUUUUCUGACAUGUCCCUCCAUAACAAGGAGCGGCUGCUGGGUGUUGGACUGGUGAAUGCAGGACUGGCAGAGGAAGCCAUCAGAGUUGAAUGCAGCAAAGUCUUAAUUUAAUGUUAUAUGUGAUCUUGAAGAGCAAGAAGACGAGAGAUUAUUUUGCUACUUUGGUAAGUUGUAACAUGUUUGUUUGAGAGUGCUGUUUAGUUUUUCAGAAUCGCAUUAUUGUCGUAGCGAUUGGCUUCCUGAUCAGUGAAGUUUCCCACCGAGCAUGAAAACUAAAUCUCAUUGUCAAACUGGUGUGCAGCCUGGAGCUGACAACUUUGUGGCCUUGUGCAGUAUUCUGAUCUGACUGUAGCCUCCACACUGGUACCAUCUGAAGGGGAAAUUGUAUGCCGAUUCCCACGUUUUCCACUAUGACAGCAUGCACAGACACAUGUCCUACAAGUUUAAGUCAUCAAACCAACAUCAACAUACAUUUUUCAAGGAAGACAUUUUGAAAUGUCACAGGAGAAAAGCACAGGUGUAAAUUAUAAAAUUAGUGAUGCCUGAUUUCCAUUUAGCUGCUUUGAUUUCAAAAAGAGGAGAAGUUACAUCACGGCAUACCAAUGGGUACGACACACGUGCGGUAAAGUCUGGUCUGCACUUGCUAAAGGCUCAAUAGCUGGCAUGCUAUCAUAGAACAUGGGGGAUGAUUAAUUCAGUCCACUGAGGCAUCUGCAGCCAGCCUUGAGUCUGAAUAUUUUCCUACAAAAAGUAAAGACAUGAUUAGAAUUACAAUUCUGUAAUCAUAGAAAACAUCUGUAAUAAAAGACCAUGAAGACAUGCUUUCUAUUUGCAAACGUUCUAUUGUAUAUCGACCACCAUCAAGUUGAGUGCACCCAAAAGUUCUGUCAGGCCUAGUGCACCCAAGGAGGCUAAAAACAUGCACCCAGACAGCACUGUCUGAUGUAACCCCACCAACACUGUAGUUCCAGUUACACUGCACACGUGUCAUACCCCAUAAUCUCAAGUGUUGUGCAUGCUUCCUCACUGUCAUACUCACAGCAGGGACACUUUAAUAGCACAGAACCAUUAUUAGUGGUAUUAGUUACACCGCAGACUGUAAAAAUAAUGGACAUAGCCACCCGUUGGUUUGUCGAGUCAUGUUUUGAGGCCUCGAGUUCGUCAUUUUGGCCUCUGCCAUGUUGUUUUUUGGAGCCAGGAGUGAUCAUAUUUGGGUGAGAGGCUGGAGCUGUGGAGGAGCGAGGAGUGGAUCUGACUGAGAAGUUGAGGACACUAUUGGCAGACAGCUUGUCACUCAGAGCAGCCAACCCUUAAUUAUGUGUAACUUUAAGCAGUGAUAAAAUGUAACCGGGUGACUUGUAUAAAAAUUUACCCCUGUACAGUUGUCAUGAAGUGGGAAAUUAGCUAUAGAGACCAAAAUUGUUGUUUUGUACCAAGCUGUAAACAUGUUUAUCUCUGCUGUAAAGUUGGGCAUUUUAACAUGGGUGUUUAAGGGGAUUGACUGGCUUCUGGAACCAGGCUUAAGUGGCUGUUAAAGAACUAGGAGUUUUUGGCACUUGCAUGUUGGCUUCACUUUUUUAUCCCCAGAGAUUGCUGCUUAAGUAACGCCUGUGAUUUUCCUACAAUGACAAGUCAAAUUGUCUGCUGUGAAAAAGGCCAAUCAUGUGUCUAGCAUAAUGUUUCUGUGCAUUGACCUUUUCCCACCCGAUUAUUUUCGUACUAAUCUGGAGAAUGGCUCAGAUGCAAAUACAGACUGAAACACCAUUUGACUGUGCUUUACAAUAUCGGCAAAGGACAUUAGAAUAACACACUGAAUUCACUGAAUGCAUUUCAAAGAGCACUGCAUCGACUGAACCUUCACAUUAAAUGACGAACUUCGAUGUUGUUUCUAAAAAAUAUCCUGCUGCAAUUUUUCUGAGAGCAUUGAGUGUUUUUUUUUUAAACUGAAUGUAUUUACAAUAUUUGAUCACUUGUCCUCACAAGGUUAUGCCAACCCAUUAAAACAACUGUUUUUAGCCAAAUUACUGAUGCGAUGAGUGUAAUAAACAAGAAAACAAGUGAGUGAACAGAGA